AUGGAGAGAUGGAGGAAGCUCCACGGAAGACGCCUGGACCACGAAGAGAGAGCUCGCAAGAAGGAGGCGCGUGAGGGUCACAAGGCCUCCAAGGAUGCGCAGAACCUGCGCGGCCUCCGGGCCAAGCUUCACGCGAAGAAGCGCCACAACGAGAAGAUCCAGAUGCGCAAGCAGAUCAAGGCCCACGAAGAGCGCAACAUCAAGACGAACGACGAGAAGGAGCCCAGCGAGCCCAUGCCUGCCUACCUGCUUGACCGUAGCAACCCGAACAACGCCAAGGCGAUCUCGUCGCAAAUCAAGAACAAGCGUGCUGAGAAGGCGGCAAGAGUAUGGGAUUCCUUUGCUGUGCCUCUGCCCAAGGUUAAGGGUAUCAGUGAGGAGGAGAUGUUCAAGGUCAUCUCCACCGGCAAGAAGACACACAAGAAGUCGUGGAAGCGCAUGAUCACCAAGCCCACUUUCGUCGGACCCAAUUUCACAAGAAGAGACCCGAAACACGAGCGCUUCAUUCGCCCAAUGGGACUGAGAUACAAGCAUGCUCACGUUACGCAUCCCGAGCUUGGAGUCACGGUCAAGCUGCCCAUUAUCGGCGUAAAGAAGAACCCUCAGAACCCGUUGUAUACCAACCUGGGAGUUUUGACCAAGGGUACCAUUAUCGAGGUCAAUGUCAGCGAGUUGGGUCUUACGACAACCGCUGGAAAGGUUGUAUGGGGACGUUACUGUCAAAUCACGAAUAACCGUACGAAAAGCCCAUUGGUAACCUGA